AAAGGGCGGGUAGGAGGGGUGGAGAGAAGGAGAAUAGGAGCGAGGGGAAAGAGGGUGGGGACGAACAGAGAAGCCGAAGAAAGGACCAGAGGGAGCCGGGGCGAAGGCCGCGGAGGGUGCAGCGGGACCUCGCCAGGCCGCCCCACGAGCGAGCCAGGCGCCGCCAUUCCGCUGCUCGGGGCGCCGCCGUCGCCGCGCCCGGGGGCCAUGCUCCCGCCGCCACCGCGCCAGCCGCCGCCCCAGGCGCGCCCGGCCCGCGGCGCGGUGAGCCUGCAGCGGCCCUUCCUGCGCGGCCCGCUGGGCGUGCUGCGGAUCCUGCAGCUGCUGGCGGGCGCCUCCUUCUGGAUCACCAUCGCCACCAGCAAGUACCAGGGCCCCGUGCACUUCGCGCUCUUCGUGUCCGUGCUUUUCUGGCUGCUGACCCUGGGUCUCUACUUCCUCACGCUGCUGGGCAAGCACGAGCUGGUACCCGUGCUGGGCUCGCGCUGGCUCGUGGUUAACGUUGCGCACGACCUGCUGGCUGCUGCUCUCUACGGCGCCGCGACGGGCAUCAUGAUCGACCAGACGCAGCGCCACAGCUACUGCAACCUGAAGAAUUACCCUCUGCCCUGCGCCUACCAUGCCUUCCUGGCGGCCGCCGUCUGCGGGGGCCUGUGCCUCGGCCUCUACCUGCUGUCGGCCUUCUACGGCUGCUGCCGUCGCUACCAGGGCAAGCAGGAAGUGGCGUGAGGCCGCCAGCGCCUACCGCGGCCGGAUCGGCGACCGGGACCCAUCCGGGUCCUUCCCGCCGCCCUGGGCCUGCGCGCCCUGGCCUCUGGCCCUGCCCUGCGUUUCCACUGCCGCCCGCGCCAAGGACCCUAGACAAGCCGACCCCGCAAACCACAGCGCCGACUCCAGACCACCGCUCGGAAGGCGCUGUCGGUCUCUGGGGACCCGCGCAGCCACCCAAGUGGCUGACUCACGAGCUCAGAAGCACCCCCCUUCACCACCCCUCCGCCCCCCUCUUCGGCAAAACUUAACGGCUCCUCUUCCCUAUCCCUGCUGAGAGCAAGACGUGGACAGGCGCCGCGUAGAUCCGGGGAGGCUCCCAAGUUAGAACCAGACGAAGGGUUUCGCCACUGCCCUCCCCUCUCCAGUCCCGCAGUCGAAAGAGCACCCCUUCCCUGGCCCCUCUUCAGCCUCAGGUGCUGUAAAAGGCUGGCAGGCAGCUGCGGGUAGAGCUGAGGGCAGGCCUCGGCUAGUCCUGGGAUUAGUGACGAGUUUGGGUUUAGUUUGAGAUUGUGUAGGGAUCCUGCAUAACACCUCCCUGCCCAUCCCUGGUGCUUCAAAGUCUUGGGGUGGGGCCAGGCUUCAGAGGUGAGAAUGGAUAGGAAGACCCAUGGGCUACACCCUUCUAUCUUUGGAGUCUUCUCUCACCUCCUGCUCUGCCUCUGCACUUGGGCUUCUUGCAAGCCAGUCCCAACACACUAACUUCCCUGGCCUCACUGUAACUUAGUCUUUUCCCAGACUUCUACUCCAUCACAGCCUUCAAUAUGUUUGCAGUAGGAAUCCCAGAGCACCGUCAGAGAAUGUUAAGGUGAGGCCCAGCCCCACUUUGUUACAGAUAGGGACCUAGAGUCUGUUCUUGGGAACAGCCAACUUAAGAAGAGAACCUUGGGCUCCGCAGCAUCGGUAUUUACAGGAAAGCAGGGAAUGUUCCAGGAAGCCUGACCCAGGAGCUGUUUCUACCUAAAAGCCCAUUGGAAGCCCAAUGGGUUGUCAAUGGUACUGUCUCCCCUUCUUGGAAAUUGGUGAUGUUCAUUAGCACAGCGUUGACUCUGAGACCCUGGUACUAGAAGCCCAAGCACAAUAAUUUAGUUUACUGUAUUAACUGGUUCUGGGCCCUGAUUGGUGUUUCCCACCUCAAGGUUCUGGGCAUUUCUGUGCUGUCCCAAUUCCUGCUUGUUCCUGCAGUCUGCUCUGUUGAAGAUUUUGGAAACUCUUUCCAAGGGAAUUUUUCUAAUGGGGGACCCAGCCCAGUGAGGAGGGAGCUUGGCUCUUGCCAACCAUAGAUUUGGGAACUGGUGAACUCGAACAUUCUUUUACAUUGUUGGAGAAUGAAGCCAAGGUCAUCCAGAUGUUUUCCCAGUUGAAGGGACUGUCACCUGUAGGAGAUCCUGGCAUAGAUUGUGAGCUGGCAGGGUGCACCCUGUUUACCAAAGAAGAUAAAUCUCUGGAGCUGGGCUGAACAGCCAGCCUGUCUCUAAGGGUUCUGUGUUGCUGAGGCCAUGGAGAUUCCCAGAGCUGGUCAAGCUGGCCUCUCCCUGGGCCCACUGCCCUGGCUGGCAACACCAUUCUGGCCUGGGCCAGUAGAAAAUUUCAGUGUCUUUACUGGUAUUUGGAACAGGUGGGAAAGGCAGUGACCUCUGCCUAGCAGCCUCCUUCUACACCGUCCAAUGGAAAAUUGAUGUAGCCUCAACCCAAGUGAAAUCCUGAUUCCUUUGGUGCUGUGAUUUGGGCACAAGAUUCCAGAUACCUGGAAUGGAACUCUGGACUCUACCCUUAACAAUGGAUUUUAGUUCCAGCCUUUGUUCUUUUUCCUUUUGCCUUUUUUAGAUCACCAUCUAAGUUGCAUCCUCAGCUCAGGUCCCGCCCCUUCAGAUCUCUUUCUUGGUCCCCCAGCCCUAGGUCUGUGGCCAGGUGACCUUACUCAGGAGCAGACAUCUUGGUACUCAUGGUGCCUUAAUCCAUCCAGACUUCCCUGUAGCAAGUCUGGAGCUUACUGGCUCCUCCAGAUGUGCCUUCCUGCUUGGCUUCUAGUGGCUUGGCAGUCCCUCUGCCAGAUGAGAGAAGGAGCGAUAAGAUUGUGGCCGUAUCCACCCUCCUUCCCAAGGUUGUGUGCCGUAAGUAUGGCCACCUGAUCUGGCCAGAACUUUUGGCUUCUGGAGGUAUACUUACAGGCCUCCCUCCUUGACCCCAGGUCUCAGGUCACCUCAAGGCACCCUGGCAGAUCCUAGCCCAAAAAUCUGGGACCAUUUGUGUAUUCAGGAGAUGAUUUUGACAGUGCUCUGCAAAGGCCAAGGGAGAGACUCCUUGGGAGGAGUGGGGGUAGUAAGGGAGAGAGCACUGGUGUGCCUUAUUCAGUAGCUUAGUAGUGGUUCCUUAUGCUUUUCUGAAUAAACUGUGUUUUUUCUGAUC